UUUGAUAUUUAAACUGUUACUCUAGCUGUAUACAAGCCACUGUGUGGUAGAGGGGCUGAUGGAGAACGAAGUGGAGACAUUUGAAGGAAAUGCCACUGUUAUCAGCCAGGCAAACCCUCUGUAUGACAUCAACAUGAAGUUUCUUGAGGCUGACCGAUACGAAUUCCAGCACAGUGAGCUGAGGUCUGAGAAACCAGCAUACAAACAGCGCUGUAUUCCUGUUCUUGUGGUUUUCUUCCUCCUGCUAAUUGCACUGAAUUCUUUGCUGGUUUAUAAAGUUUUUACUCUGGAGGCUUGGGCACACUCUCACUGUUUAACUGAUGAUAAUGCCAGCACAGAGAAUCUAAUAUCUACAAGUCAAGCUGUCAAGCAAGGCAGCGUUAGCUCAAACCGACAUGCUAAGCAUGCGUGUCUGUCCAAUCUGUGUGGGGAGGACGGAACUCUAGAGAAACUGAGAAUUCAAAUAAAUCAGUUCAACAUCAGUGCACAAAGAGCCAUGGUUUGCCCACCUGGUCCACCUGGCCCGCCUGGACAAAUUGGACCACGAGGAGUUUCAGGAAAUCCUGGUUUGCAAGGGCCACCUGGAAAAAUCGGAGACACUGGGUCACCAGGUAGGGCAGGUGAUCCUGGAGCUGCAGGUGAAAAAGGAGAGAGAGGUGACCUGGGUGUGGCAGGGGAGAGGGGGCCAGCAGGCAUCACGGGUGCACCUGGUAUUCCUGGCUUAAAGGGGGAUCCAGGAGAGAGAGGAAUACAAGGCUUACCCGGUGCUGAUGGCCAUCCUGGAUCAGACGGAAAGACUGGUAUUCCAGGAGCUCAUGGAUCUCCUGGAAUUCCAGGGCCUAAAGGAGACACGGGAUCCAGAGGUGUCCGGGGAGAGUCUGGACCUCCAGGGCCUAGAGGACCUCCUGGUCCAGGAGGACCUACUGGUCUGCAAGGACCACCUGGAGAAAAAGGUUCACCUGGACCAAAGGGAGACCUUGGCCUUGGAAUUCCAGGACAACCUGGACAAAAGGGAAAUACAGGCUUGCCAGGUGUCCCUGGACAAAGAGGACUGAAAGGAGACAAGGGCAGUAAAGGAGAUUCAGGACUCCGUGGUUUACCAGGGCAAAAGGGAGAGCCAGGUCCUAAGGGUGACAUGGGUAAUGUAGGACCUACAGCUAUUGUUCGUUUAGUGGGAACUGCCAGCCGUGGAAGAUUGGAGGUGUUUUAUCAGGAUACCUGGGGAACAGUGUGUGAUGACAGUUUUGACACUGUGGAUGCUACUGUGGUGUGCAAGAUGCUGGGCUACCAGAGGUCCAACCAAGUGUUCACAGCUACUUCAGGAAAUGGACGCAUCUGGCUGGACGAAGUGAGAUGUACCGGGAAGGAGAAGAGCAUAUUUGAUUGUCCGCAUUCUGGAAUGGGAGUUAAUAACUGUAACCACACAGAGGAUGUGGGUGUUAGCUGUAUUUAAGUCGAAAACACUUCUCACACAAAAAAAAACAUACCCAUAAGGUGGAACUAAAUAGUAUUUGGACACAUAAACUGAUUGACAUUUAUGGAUUUUUUCAUCGAUUGACAUUGUUUUGCUUGAGAAAUUUGCUUGUGCUAUCAUUCACAACGUUGCUUCCUUUUAUAUUUUGUCAUUUAAUGCAUUGAAAUUCAGCCAUUUUUAAGUUUGGCUUCAGUGUCCAAAUAAUUUUUGGAGCUUCUGUAGAUGUACACAUCAACUCCAAAACAAACUCACCCAUUUGUAUACCGUUCAUACAAAAAAAAUUACUCAAGACAUACACAUAUGAUUAGUAAAAAUGUACAGUGAUUUUAUGAUAAAAAUGUGUUACUUUACACUCUGAAA